GUCUCCGCCUGUCGCUGCCUCGGCCGGCCGCCGGCUCCGAGACGCGAGCCGAGGGCUGAGGGGAGGGGCAGGCGGCGCCCGGGAGGGAGGCACCGGGCCUCGGGCCAAGCCGACCCGGGAAUUUUACUUUCUCAUGAGAAGUUUCUAAAAAGGAAACCUCCUAAGCUGGGAAUCAGUCCAGGAUGAUCCCAUGAGGCCCUGAUCCAUCUUUGGACUUCUGAGAUGAAAGGGGAAUUUGUUCUUCCUGUGCAUUGGGCUUAGGAUUCCCACCGACCUCUUUUGUCAAAGACAAAUAGGCAAGAAAAUAAAUGACUUGACGUCUGUCAUUACCUAUGGUGGCCUUCUGGAUUCUUGCAAAUGCUACUGAAUGGAUGUAAGUGAGCCAGGAUAGUUACCAAGGUUCUGACCUGUUCUUGGAAGCCUUUCACUGGCUCUGACUGCUUGGGUAUUGAAUAAGAAUCGCAAAAAUAUGUUGCCAAGCAGAAAGAGAUUCCGCACAGUCUCCUAAUAGACUAUUUCUCUGUCAUAAGGUAGGGAGGCCCCUAUCACAACACAAGUGAGACUAUCCUGCUCUUAAGAUGUCCAAAGAAAAGAAAAGCCCACAAUCUGGUCUUGUGUACUAUAGGACUAUUAAGAUUUUUUUUUUAUUUAACCUAAAUCUCUUCUCUUUCAAUCAAAACUCAUUUCUUCUGUUUGAUCUAUAUAUAGAAGACACCUACCUCUCUUUUUAUUCAUUGGUAGUAUCAUCAUCCAUCAGCCUUCUCCAGACUAGAGAAAACUACAUCCACUGUUAACUUUUCUAAUGGCUGUAUUUUUCAUCCCUUUCUUGACUUUCAUUUCUUCUGAUGAACACACUGGCUUCUCCAUACCCUUCUUUAAAAUUGAAUAUACUUUUUUAAUGACAUCUGACUGGUGCCUGCCAAACAAACAAGUUUGUUCCUGUGUCUCAAAUCUCACAGCUAUUAAUUUACCCCAGAGUCAUGUUAGCAGUGCUGCUUCCCCUUUUUCCACCUCUGGUUCAAACCCAGAAAGUUCUUUUUUACUAUUCCCAAUUAAAUAUCAGCUCCUCACUGACAAUUUCUCAUAUGUUAACAGUUGCUUUGGAGUCUUACACCCGCGUUUCAAGUCCCUAGUAUUUCUACCAUAUUUACUACCAGUCAUCAUUUUCUAUAUGAGAGUGACAGAUCAUGUGUCUCCUUGUUGAGGCUUGUCCUAAGUGAGGUACCAUUUGGUUCAGCCUCAUAAAAGAGGUGUGUGAUCAUGACACCCAUACACCCCUUGGCUGUAGUAAUCAUUUCAUUCUAAACCAAUUAAUGAGAAUGUGAUUUCUAGCAGAAAAUCUUAUGUAUGAUUACAUCCAUCUUUGUUGAGUGCAGCUCUAGUGUAUUUCCUGCAUGUUUCCAAAUUGCUUACUUUCUGUACUUUUUCAAUGCUUGAAAUUAAAUGGAUAGCUUUUGAAUUUCCAGGAUUGUUGUUGUUUUUUUUAAAUGAACUUCUUCCAGCCUUCAGGGAUAUUCUGUUUCUACCAUGAAGUUCCCAAAAUAACAGUUAGUGACUUUGCUAUGUGGCACCUGCCAAUUUCUUAGUUCCUCCAAGAAAUUUGGCUCACGCUGUGUUGAUUGGAAUACAUCAAGCUUUUAAAGUUCAUCUUCUAUCAAGCUCCUCCUAUCUAGUUUUAUCUGUUAUCCCUGGGGCUGUUCUCCAUAACUUCCUUAGGAAUACUACCUCUUUCCAUUUUCAUGGGCAUAGCUGAUGUGAAUUUGUUCCAGGUCACAAUUUGGGUUUGCAGCAAAAAUGCUUUCAGAACAGACAGCAGCCUUGGGGACAGGAUGGGAGUCAAUGAAUGUACAGCUGGAUGGAGCAGAGCCCCAGGUGGAAAGGGGAGGCCAGGAAGAGGGGCCAUGGAGAACAGCGCCAGGGCCACUGGAACACCUUUGCUGUGACCUUGAAGAGGAGCCACAGUCCCUUCAGGAAAAGGCUCAGUCUGCUCCCUGGGUUCCUACAAUUCCCCAGGAGGGGAGCACUGGAGAUUGGGAAAUGGCAGCUGCACUUCUUGCGGCCGGAUCACAGGGCCUGGUAACCAUCAAGGAUGUGUCACUGUGCUUCUCUCAGGAGGAGUGGCGGAGCCUGGACCCCUCUCAGACAGACUUUUAUGGAGAAUAUGUCAUGCAGGAAAACUGUGGGAUAGUAGUCUCUCUGAGAUUUCCAAUUCCCAAACUGGACAUGCUUUCUCAACUAGAAGGAGGAGAAGAACAAUGGGUCCCUGACUCCCAGGACUUAGAGGAGAGGGACAUUCUGAGGGUCACAUACACAGGAGACGGAAGUGAACAUGAGGGGGAUACCCCUGAACUAGAAGCAGAACCUCCCAGAAUGUUAUCCAGUGUGUCUGAAGAUACUGUUCUGUGGAACCCAGAGCAGGAUGAGACCUGGGAUUCCAUGCCCAGGGGUUCUAGAGGAAUGUUCCUGGGUCCCCCUUUUCUUCAGGAAGAUAGCUUCUCAAACCUAUGUAGCACAGAGAUGGAUUCCCUGUUAAGACCCCACACAUGCCCCCAGUGUGGGAAACAGUUUGUGUGGGGCUCCCACCUUGCCAGGCAUCAGCAAACACACACUGGGGAGAGGCCCUACAGUUGCCUCAAGUGUGAGAAGAGCUUUGGGCGAAGACAUCACCUAAUCAGGCACCAGAAAACCCACCUACAUGACAAGCCCAUCAGGUGCUCUGAGUGUGGCAAGAAUUUCCGAUGCAACUCCCAUCUGGCCAGCCACCAGAGAGUGCACACAGAAGGUAAAUCCUGCAAGGGCCAAGAGGUUGGAGAGAGCCCUGGGGCAAGGAAACGGCAGCGUGCCCCACCAGUGCCAAAGUGUCAUGUGUGCACUGAAUGUGGGAAGAGCUUUGGCAGAAGGCAUCACCUUGUGAGACACUGGCUGACCCAUACUGGGGAGAAGCCCUUCCAGUGCCCUCGCUGUGAGAAGAGCUUUGGCCGCAAACAUCACCUGGACAGGCACCUGCUGACCCACCAGGGGCAAAGUCCCCGGAGCAGCUGGGACAGAGGGACGUCUGUCUUUUGAAAUCCAUUUCUGCUAUAGCUAUGGUCAAGCCUAUCAGCCGGUGCUACCAGGAGUCACUGCCAGAGCUGCCCCUCUCCUAUACCCCAGUGGCCAGAAUCAUGAGCCCUGACCCCAUCCCUAGAAAGAUGAGGUCCCAGCAUUGGCCAGGGCAUUUCUCACCAGUUUUGUGAGACACCACAUAAAACCAGAGUCUUUCGGGCAAAACUUUUGGGAAACAGUGCAUACUACAUGGGCUGAUAUUCAGCCUGAGCCCAUUCUCCAGGAUACAAUGGUACCUGCAGUUUAUGGCUGAAGUCCAUUCUGAUUGGUUGGAUUCUGUGCCAUACCAAUUGUUAAAUAUUUUGAGUAUCAACCUUGUAUAUUAUAACUAUUAUAUUUUCUAUAUAUAUAUACAGGAAGAUCAUUCUAGCAUAUUAAAGGCUCUGAAAUCUUAUGUGGUAGAGGCAUACUGAGCUUCUUUUAAUGCAGUGUUUCCUAAAUUUAUUUGGCCUUGAUAUCCUUCUAGUUCACAUCCCACAGAACUGGUGACUCCACGAAACACACUCUGGUGAACACUGGGUUAGAGAGUAAUGAAGAACCAAGAAGAGAUAGUGAUCAGGUACCCAGAGCCCCCUUUUUUAUCCAUAUGAAAGCCUGGGGGCCAGACCUUAUUCCUGUGUGAGUCUGUCACUCUUACCCCGAUCAUCUAUAUACAUCUACGCCUCUCAACCCCACCUGAUGAAAAAUAGAAAGAAUAACCUGUUCACCCCCUUAUUCCUACUCCCUUCAUCCUGCACAUACAUACAUGGAGCUUAGAGAUCACACAACAGUGCUAAGACAUGGACCUAAUACUCCCAAGUAACCCAGGCCCAUACAGAAGAAAAAACUUAUCUCCUUGAACAGACCCCUCCUCUUGAUUGUGUCUUUAUGUGUCUAUGUGUCUAUGUGUGCAGGUCUUUGAAGAGAGCAUGCUAAGUGCAAACUAUACAAGCUAGGUUUUCUAGGGGCUGUGUUCUGGGGAUAAGGGUAGUGGGGAUUGUAUGGGGUUUUGUGUUUUGUUUCAAGAUAGCAAGUAAUCUGAGUAAGGGAGCCCUACUGGAAAGCGUUAAAUGUUAAAUGAUGGGUUAAGUUGUGGCAGUUGAGUACAAAGCUUUCCCCAGUAUCACUGAGAUCGAGACAAUUGUGGACAUAUAUGCCUCGAUCUGAAUCUCUAGGCUGCAGAUUGUUUUUACCUGGAAGAAGAGAGAAAGAGAAGUCUUCAGUGAGGUGAGCUGUUUCUUGUUGAUUUCAGGCAAGGUGCAUAUAGAAGCUUUGUGCUGAGUGGGAUUUUUUGUUUUGUUUUAAGUGCUGGGAAAUUAGGACAGGAAUCACAGUGUUUGCAAUUUGUUGUCAUCACUCUUUGACUCUGAUUGCCUCAUAAAGGGGGAAGAGUUAUUCUUUAGGAUCUCAUUCUCUCAGAAACAGAACUUUAAGGGAAAUGGCUGUGGCUUAGCUUUUCAGCUAAUGCAGGGUAAUGAACUUUCCGCUUGGUUUUCCUCCCAAUUCUGGAAAGGUGUCCACACUAUUAACUCCCUAGGACUUGAACCAGUAUUCUAGCAUCUGUUAGUUGAUGACUUGGUCAUUAUUUCUGUUUAAUGAUGGUUGUGUUAAUACAAAUCUUAUAAUUUAAAAAUUAUCUUGUAUGUAAAAGCAGUUUGGGGUUAGGGAGGAAGAGGAGCAAAAAGGAUGAAAGUGGGAUAUUUUCUCUUUAAUGCUUAGAUUUGGAUUUUUCCCUAAGACAGUUUUUUCUUAACCACAAUUGGUGGAAUGAACCAGAGAGGCAAGAGUAAGUGAGCUACAACAACCUAGCUUAGUGACUGUCCCAUUUGCUUAGGAAAAACUGGGCAAACCGUAGCUCCUCAGAGUCCUGGACCUAAAUGGAAUUAAAAUAGGGUCAUUCUGCUGACUGGGCUUCUGAGAAUAUAUGUGACUUGAGCAGCCAAGCUCCCACUUCCCUUCUGCUACUCUCAACAGUCUUUCUUUUCCUGGAAUGCAAUUCUCUUGCUUAUGUUCCUAUGAAAACAGCAAAAUGGCCAGCCCUUUGUAAGGCAGGCCUUGCCCUAGGUCCUCAAAGACAGGAGCAUUUUAGGAUCGGUAUUAGGAGAUGCCCCAGGGAAUAGGAGAGUAUUGGGUUCCAGUAAUAAAUCUGGACUAUGCCAUUUCCUUUAGUCUCCUGUUUUAAUAUAAGUCUUUAAUACAAAUCAGGUCUAUGUAAGCAAUGGUUCAGAACCUGUUUUGGAUCACAGGCCUGUUGGCGAAUCUGAUAGAAGCCAGAAACCCACUUUUGAGAAAACUAGACAUUUGCAAGUCACUCAGUUUUGCAUACACCUUUAGCAGAUUCAGCUCAUCCAUGAAAUCACUAAACUGGCUUCAAAGAAAGGGAGUUAUCCUGAUCCAAAAUUGUCAUAUAUUUGUGUCAAGAAUUACAAGGCAAGUAUCACCAAAUAUUUUAAGGACUAAGUUACCAGAGACAUCAAGGUGUAAGGAUGGAAUCUAGUAUUUAAUGACUAGAAGGCUGUUGCUUACAUUCUACUCUGUAUUUUUUAAAGAUCUGACAUGCUGAAAAAUCCAGCUUCUCACAGACCUUCUUUUAAGGACUUGUGGGAAGUGAUAUUCCUUACUAUCAGAUCACACCUCCUAAUAACUACAUGUUAACUCCAACUUUUAUCUGUUUUAGUAAAUGUGGGGAUAGAAAGUGAAGCCCCCAAAGUGUAGGUGCAGUUACAGCACCCAGCUGAAAGGCAUCAUGGAGUCUAAGAGCCUUCUGCAGAAGGGGCAAUCCUUUGGGUCAUUUCUGUGUACCAUUGUCUUCUCUACCUCGGUCCAAUACCACCUUCCUUGGACAAAAAAUAAAACAAGCAACAGCCAUCA